AUGCAGUACGUUGAGAGGGCUAUUGGAUCAGUGUCCAAGACAUGGUCUUCUAUAAAUCCAGCAACGCUUUCUGGUGGUAUAGAUGUCAUAGUCGUUGAACAUCCUGAUGGUACGUUAGCGUGUUCACCAUUUCAUGUUAGGUUUGGUAAAUUCCAAAUUUUAAAGCCAUCUCAAAAGAAAGUGGAAGUUAUCGUUAAUGGUAAAUCAACCAAUAUCCCCAUGAAAUUAGGGGAUUCUGGAGAAGCAUAUUUUGUGUUCGAAACGAGUACUGAUGUGCAAGGUAUACCUGAAGAAUUGUUAUCAUCGCCAGUGAUGAGUGCAACGAGUAGUCCGCCACAAUCACCUCGACCAGAUGGUCAGGUUGAAGAAAGUGAUAAAUUAGAAGAAGGAGUAGAAGUGUCUAAGAAAUUAGAGGAACCGGAUUUCCUAGAUAUCAAUGAUUCAGAAAGUAGUACAGAUACUUCCAAUGGCACUGGAAUUCCACUCCCGACAAUGUCAAGAACGAAGACAUUCCAAGAGAAGUUAAAUCGAAGGCUUACGCAGAUCCAUAUUCCUAGCAAAUUGGACAACAAUGGUGAUCUUCUACUGGACAUGGAAGGUUACAAGCCAAAUAAGGAUAAAGUUCAAGAUACGGAUAACCAAUUGAAGCAAUUGCUUAAGGAUGAAUUGGGUAACGAUUUGGACAUUUCAGGAUUUGUUAAGGAAGAUUCUAAUGGUAACAUCAGAAUUGUUAAUCCGUUUGAAAAUCACCCACAUCAUCACUACCCAGUCUCACCACCAGAAUCACCACCAAUGACGGCAAACGAACCAGGUUUAAGUCUAGAUUUUUCAGGCGAUUCAUCAACAUUAUCAGGUUUUACAUCGAGCAAUACAGAGGCAGAUACAAAUACAAACACUAAUACAGAUUCUAAAGGUAGCAGUACUAGUUCAGAUGGGAAAUUUUUUAUCAAGACACUUCGUUUAUCAAGUGAACAAUUAAAAUGUCUUGAUUUAAAAUAUGGGGAAAACGAUUUAACUUUUUCAGUAGAUCAAGGCAGGGCCUUGGUUUCUUCCAAGCUAUUCGUUUGGAGAUGGAGUGUUCCCAUUGUCAUUAGCGAUAUCGACGGUACAAUCACCAAAUCUGAUGCUUUAGGACAUGUAAUGACCAUGUUUGGAAAAGAUUGGACUCACAUUGGGGUUGCAAAACUUUUCUCAGAAAUUGCGAAAAAUGGGUACAACAUAAUGUAUUUAACCGCUAGAAGUACUGGUCAAGCUGAUUCCACAAGAAGCUAUUUAAGAUCCAUUGUUCAAAACGGUAAUCGUUUGCCCGUGGGCCCUGUAAUCCUUUCACCUGAUAGAACGAUAGCAGCUUUAAGACGUGAAGUCAUACUAAAAAAACCUGAAGUUUUCAAAAUCGCAUGUUUAAAUGAUAUGAGAUCGUUAUACUUCGAUAGACACGGUCACUUUAAAGGUGAAGCUGAAGACAGACGCCAUGAAAAGGAAAAUGAAGAAAGAGUCUUGGAACAAGAACAACUGUCAUUGGAGGAAAUGGAAGAAAAACCAACUCCCUUUUUCGCAGGAUUCGGUAACAGAAUUACUGACGCACUUUCUUACAGAACCGUUGGUGUACCAAGUUCAAGAAUCUUUACUAUAAACCCAGAUGGUGAAGUACACAUGGAAUUAUUAGAGUUGGCAGGCUACAGAAGUUCGUACGUCUUCAUUAACGAAUUGGUUGAUCAUUUCUUCCCACCGGUGAACAACGAUGAUGACGACAGAAGUAUCAGAUCCGCCGGGCCCGGAUCACCAAUAAACAAAUCAAUCGAUACAGACGCAAAUAUUGAAAGCAAUCUGUAUUUGAGGAGCAAACAAGAGGAAAAAUUUACAGAUGUAAAUUUUUGGCGUGAACCAAUACCAGAUUUAGAAGAACUUACAGAUACAUCAAAUUCAGAUGGCGAAGAUGCGAAAUCAAAAGACGCAAGAGAUGGUAACUACAAUAGCAACGAUGGCAGAUCUUCCAUGCUAGACAAAUCGCUAUCACAUGACCAUCUGCAACUAUCAUCACCAAUAUCUUUCAAGAAUGGCACUCCUAAAGAAAGGUCACCAUCGACAGAAUCAGGAAGGAACAUCAAGGGAACAUCACUCUUCCGUUCGAUCUCUCCCGAGAGUAUAGAUGAAGAAGACCACAACGCAUCGCAUCCACAGCUAAGUACGCCAGGCAGAGAUAAAACCCGCCCACCAACACGUGAAGAAAUCGGCCAACAGAUAUACCUCGAGUUAGGUUCCCCAUUACGGCAACCACAACUGCUGGAAACGACAAGAGAGGAUGUACCUGGAACUCCGGCAUCCGAGAUUUCGAGGUUAAAUAUCAGUGAAAGUGAAGGUCCCAGGGAUAGCGGCAAAGACACCGCCUCAUGUGAACAAGAAUCUGAUCAAGAUGGCGAUGACGAAGAAGAAGAAGAAGAUGAUGACGAAGAAGACGACGAUGAAUUUGACGAGGAUGAGUUCACGUAA